AUGAAUUCAUUAAAACGUAAAGUCAAACAUCCAUAUUUUAGAGCAUUCUUGGCGGGCGAGGGGAAAAGGUUUGAAAAGCCAUUAUUAGGUCAAACGAAUUAUAUUCAGCCUCAUUGUCCAUUCCCAAUGAACCCACAAUAUAAACCUCAACCUCCUUUGACUGAUUCAGCAAGAGAGGAAAUCUGGAAAAAGUUUAUAGAAACAGGACAAUCCGUGAGAGAACUCGGAACAUUUUAUGGAAUUUCAAUUAAACGUGUCGAGGCUAUACUAAAGUUAAAGAAAUUGGAGAAGGACAUGAUUCAACAGGGUGUACCAAUUCAAAAAAAUUUUGCUCUAAAUAUGGAAAAAAUGAUGGGUGCACGAUCACAUCGUCAAGAACCAUUAACAGAUAUGUUACCAAAGGUUGGCAAGCCAAAAUUUUGCCUUGUGGAUGAAGGUGAUAAGUUUACACCGGAGGACGCGGCAAAGUUAUUAAAUCGUCAACCCAUAGCAUCAUUGCAAGAACAAGAACUACGAAAAGAACUAAUUAAACCCUUUACAUUAGAAGGAAAAACACAGCAACAAUUACAGACCACUACUGUCAUUAGAAAAGAUCCCGAAAUUACAAAUAUAAGAUUUAAAUUUAGAUUUAAGAACAUUGGCGAGGAUAAAGAUAUUACUAUACGUGAUCGAGAUGGCACCUUGUUAAAAGUAAAUAAAUUAUCAAGUUAA